CUUCCAAAGUUGACAAAAUGAGUUCGAGAACCCAGAAGACUCAAACUGGUAGAACCUUAGCACCCAUUAAAGGUAGAUCUGGUGUUCGUUUUGGAGGUAAAUUCGGAGCCAGCUUUACAGUAAUGACUGGGACUAUAACAGGAAAGUCUCUCAGCAGACUUAAAGUCCGAAAACCUGGGUAUGGCUUCAGCAAGAUAUCCGGAAUCAGAGCAACUGAGCACGGAUCACAGGUGGGCAUGGAGUACAGAAGACCACCAGUUACUUACUUCAACACUUACCAACUGGAACCUCAUGUUAAGUUUCAUGUGGCGCAAGUUGAAAAGACCUUGAAUAACGUAUUGGAUACUUACUUUGCUAAUCACAAAUAUAGUGAGCAGGAAACUCCAAAACUAACAUUAGCUAUGGCACGCGCAACUACGCAAAGUGUUAAGGAUUUGGGUUUCAAUAGAUACCGGAUUAUAGCUGUUGUUUCUACGGUGCAAAAAAGAUUGCAAUGUUACAAUAAUGCUGUGGCUUUCUUAUGGGACCAAGAUAGAGAUGGCUAUGCGAAUGUUCAAAGGGAAGUCCAGUCUGUAUUCGUCCAAAUCACUGUGUUUGGAAUUUACCUUGAUUGAACACCCUGUUCUUAACGAACGGUUCCUUGAUUUUAUGCGCUCCUGGUAUUUUUAUAGAGAUUGUUGUAGUUAUUUUUUUCGUUUGCAAGAAAGUUAAUUAAGUUAUUUUU